AUGCCUGCUCCAACUGCGCUGCAACGCGCACCUGAUGCUCUCGCUGAAGAUGUCCACAAUGCACACGAAAUCCCCCUCCCACCUUCAACAGUGGACGAGAAUAUCGACCUCGAAAUCAUAACCGCCGAACCAGAAAUACCUUUCCAACCAGAUCACAUGUUAGAAGACACCUCGAUGCAAAUAGACGAAGAGGGCCGACCACGGUUUGCACCCGUCUCCUCCACCGCCGCUGCCACCACAUCUUCAUCACCCUCACAGCCCAACUCACCCAACUCAAUACGGAUACAAUCUCGCAAAGUACCGAUCCCACCACACCGGAUGACGCCUCUAAAGACCAGCUGGCCCAAGAUCUACCCACCUCUGGUGGAGCACCUGAAACUGCAAGUGCGGAUGAACAUCAAGUCGAAAGCGGUAGAACUGCGCACCUCGAAAUUCACAACCGACACGGGCGCGCUACAGAAGGGCGAAGACUUCGUCAAGGCCUUCACGCUAGGCUUCGACGUCGACGACGCCAUCGCCCUGCUGCGGCUCGACGACCUCUACAUCGAGACGUUCGAGAUCAAGGACGUCAAGACCCUGCAAGGCGAGCAUCUGGGGCGUGCGAUUGGCCGAAUUGCCGGCAAGGAUGGGAAGACCAAGUUCGCGAUUGAGAACACGAGUAAGACGAGGGUGGUGUUGGCCGACAGUAAGAUUCAUAUUCUCGGUGGGUUCCAGAAUAUCCGCAUCGCUCGUGAAGCGGUGGUUAGUUUGAUUCUCGGUGCGCCGCCCGGGAAGGUCUAUGGGAAUUUGAGGACGGUGGCGAGUCGGAUGAAGGAGAGGUUUUAG